AUGCCUAGCGAGACCACCGUGUCCGCCGAGACCUUCGAGUCGGAGAUCUAUAACCGUCUGUUGGAAACAUCUACUCUCGACGACCUACAUGCAAAUCUCCUUUUCUCUUUACAACGAGCCGGCUGGGCCGAGCGUAUCCAAUCUCUUUCUCUCGAGCUUCUUCGCGCAGGUCGCUGCACUCAUUUUGACGACAUGGUCGACAUUGUCGUCACGCUUGCCACAGGACAAACGCAUCCUGCCGUCCCCGAGGCCAACAACAACAGUAGUAAUAACGCCAAUGCCACGGCUAAUGGCCAUAGCGGCACGAAUUCUUUCAAUGGAAACACCGCGAACAAUUCAGAGUCGUUUUUUAGGGAUAUCGACGUCCGAAUACCAAAGGAGAUUGUUGAGCAAGGCGUCAGAGCUCUGAGGGAUUCGAUACGACCGUUUGCCGUCAUCGAAGACGACGAGGACGGAUCCGAAGCCGAUGGCGGUGGUAGCCAUAACAUUGUCGGGGCUAAGGAGCUCCCCAAUGGCGCCAAAAAUUCGUCCAAAUCCGAUAAGAAGCAGAAUAAAUCGAGCAAAGACUCGGCGUCGACUGGGAAAAGUAACGACGCAAACACGAGCCCUACGAAGAAUUUACCCAAGGACAAGAAAAUAAAGCCUGCAGGGAAGGGUGCUAAAUAA